UUAGUGUCGCGCCGGACUUUCAUUGAAACGGUCGAAUUCCACGUGCGCGUUGCGUCAAACAUUUCCAUCGGCAGUCGCGUUACGUUCUGUCGUUUGUUCCACGUUCAGUUAAUGAAUUCAACUUGAACGCUAUGCAUGAAGCGUCCGAAGUCAGCGGGUGUGUGUUACUUGUUUAUUGCUAAUCGGUGAACCGCACAGGAUGUGACUGUUGUGUAUUUUAUUACGAAUCAACUUCGGCUCAACUCUCGAUGGUUAAGACGAAAAUCAGCUCGCGCCAUCCGCGGCUUUGUUUACACCCUUGUGAUCUCCGAGCGCUGUUGAAUUAUACUUAAAGACACGCAUCUUACCGGAAUAUGGGAAUCUGUUUAGACACAGAACAAAGUGAUGGUUCACAAGCAUUCGAAGAAGGAAGAGAAACUUGGGCACGCAAUAGCGCACGUAACGAUUCAAGGACCGUCGUCACCCCUCCCGACGGCCAAUUUCCAAUGCACAACUCAAGCCCUGUUCAAUUCGAAAUGCCCAAAGUACCUGUUAUAUUCGUGUUGGGAGGUCCCGGCAGUGGAAAGGUGACGCACUGCGAUAACCUGAUGGAGGAGAAGAAGGGCAUCGUACACAUCAACAUGACUGACCUACUACAGCAAUACGCUAUAGGCAAUGAUGGUCACAGCAGCCUAAUCAAUAUCGGUAACAUAAACAGCGAAGAUAUGCAAGAUUUUGGCAUGUUGUCGAGCAAAACGGUCACGGAAGUACUAAUGCUCGAAAUGAAAAUGUCGCCCACGGCCAAAACGUAUCUAGUGUCUGGAUAUCCACGUAAUAUGAGGGAUGUGGUUGAGUAUUCUGAAAAGAUUCAAGUCGUUAACGGAGUGGUUUUGAUAUCGUGGCGACAAAAAGUUCUCGAAAGACAAAUUGAUUAUGGUGCCAAAUUAGGACAGGUCGUCCUUUCGCUAGCUCGUAUGGAGCUUAACAAUUUCUACAAGAAUGUCAUGCCUGUUGCCGAUUACUUCGAUCAGAGCAAUAUGCUGAUAUCGGUUAACGGCGAACGACAUCCUGGUGAUGUAUACAAGGAUUUUCGUUCCUCAAUAUUCCGUAUAUUGGGCAUGCAGGACAACCCGCCUAUCUUUUCUAAUGGUAAAGUUGCAUCAGUACCCGAAGAUGUAACAAUGGAAUUGCCUACAGUUCCUAUGCAGACACAGGCACCACCUCCUGUUGUACCAAAACCACGUCCCGAGAAGAUAAUUCAACCAGUUGCACCACGACAAGACUCGCCUCGACCAGCAACCCAAGUGAUAUCAGUGUCAUCACAAGAACAGCCGCCAUCAUACAGAUCACCAUUAAAACCAGGCAUUCCAAAUGUUCUAUGGGUAAUUGGUGGACCUGGCAGCAAUAAAGCGACUUUAUGCACGCAAGCCGCAAAGGACACCGGUUGGACUCAUAUCAGUCUCGGUAGACUUCUGCGGGCAACCGCUGAACCACCAGAUCCUAAACCUGGCAGCGACGCUGCUAAAAUACGCGAUUGUAUCGCUGGCGGUGAGCUGGUACCCCAAGAUAUCAUCAUGAAAAUGAUGGAAUCGCACAUAGCGGCGAAUAGUAAUACGCCAGGGAUUAUCCUCGAUGGUUACCCGCGAAAUAUGACGCAAGCCAACGAAUUCGAAGCCAAAUACAAACAGAAGCCUACAUUGAUUCUCCUCGAUUGUUCUAAACUGCAACUUGGUCGAGGACGUCUCGAUGACAGUGUGACUGCCUUUAGAAGAAGAUUGGAAAUUUUUAGGCAAUCCUCCUUACCCAUGUUGAAAGCAAUGGACGACAUUGGCCGUCUUACAAUCGUGGAUGGUGAUACAGACACAGCGCCCGUUCAACAAGACUUCCGCAACGUUGUGAAAGAACACAUUCAAUAUUUGCGCGAUAAGUCUUCGUCGGCAGCAAAUGGACAUGGUUUACCACAAGGUAAACCAUUACCUAAUGGCAUUCAGAAUCCGACAAAAGUUGAUCCACCACCGGCUAUGAACGGAAAUGGUCCACCAAGAAGACAGGAAAGCAUGCAGGUGCAAGACUUGGAAGGGGAACCUAUUCAGACACUAAGUCGACAAGUGCAAGGUAUGGGUAACGGUGUACUUGCGAACGGUGUGAAUCACGUAGGUAAUGGCGUCGCCAACGGACAUGCAAUGGUGAAUGGCUAUGCGCAGAACAAGUACAAUCAAUUGGACUUAGAACGACAGCAGAACAUUCGACAACUGUACGGGGAAGUAAAUUACAUGGACGGACACAUUUAAUUAUUGAAAUUAUACAAUGGCCGGAAACUUGAUAUUCGACAGUCAUAACCUAAAAUUGUAGGUUAUCUAUAACUUUUAUAUAGAACUAGUAGUGGUGCAAAUUUGUGAUAAAUUACAAUACGGGACUCAAUAUUUUGUAACAAUUAAAUUAUCAAGGAUAAUUCAGCAAACACAUCGCAUUAAUUUACAUAUUAACGUAUUUUAAUAUUUAUUUUAGAGUAAAAUUGAUUAUUAUAUAGAUAGUAGUUACACAGGGUAACAUAACCUAUAAUGUAAAUCAUAAAAUAAUAAUUUUCUUAUAGUUGUUAUAAAAUUGAAAAGUUAAACAUGUAUUUCAAUGGAAAUAUUUUCAUAUCAACAUAAAACUAUUUUAGAUUUAGUACAUACAUAUACGAUUUUUCGUGUCAAUGACAAAGUGAUGUAUAAAUUUGGUGCAAUUUUAAUGUAACUGUAAUAUAAUUAUCUACUUGACUCUAACACACCUUUCAAAGUAUUGUUAAUUUUACACAUGAAAACUUGUAGAUCUAAUUGACGAAGUAACCAGUAAGCAAGUGCACUUAACGAAAUAUUUUACAACGAUUAACUUUAUAAGAUUUUUAUAGAAAUAAAAAACAAACAAACGUAAUUUGCAUGUAUUUAGAAAUAUAAAGUAACGUUCAUUUUGUAAUACUAAAGACACACACAAUAUAAAUAUGUUGGUUAUUUCGUUUAAUUUAAUAUUAUAUAAUUAGUUUAAUAAAAAGCAGCAAACAAAAAUCAA